CUGUUUAAUAUCCGCCUAAAAUAAAACCCCGCUAUCUCUCUUCACAAAUACUCAGAGUACUUCUAUCUGCAAUCACCGCGUGAUCUUCCACGCUCAUGACCUAUUCUGCCGCGCUCUUGGCUCUGUCGAACGGGCGAUUCACACAAUCAUUCGUUAGCCAUGUUCCUAUGCGAAUACGGACACAGUGUCCAAGGCGGGUAUAUCGAAUCGGAGGUGGAUGUUUGCACGCCGUGGCCGUUUCUCCACUGAUCACGAGCAUACAGAAGGCCAGUGCCAUGAUCGACCAAAGUCAUCACGCAUACGCAUCACCGUUUGUCUCGUUUUGCUACGUCGAAUUACUAGUGCAUUCUUCAAGGGCUCGUGCGACCGUCUCUGCUUCACAUACCUAGUCCCCUUCACUUACGUUGGGAAGACCGACACUUAUACCAACCUAGCCUCGCCGCUUUUCCCGUCUUCACCCUUCGUCUAUCUUUUACAAUUAAGAGUGUCUCG